UGCGUCAUCGGGUCUAGCCAAUGGCGAGACGUGUUCAUCUCGCUGGCUGUAAUCGUCACGUGGACUCCGCCCCGCGCGUUCACACAACGGAAGUGGUGGCGUUUCCUGGAGACCGGUGACAGGCAGAGGCCCUAGCUACAGGAUGAAUGUUGGGGUGGCGCAUAGUGAGGUGAACCCCAAUACACGGGUGUUGAAUAGCCGAGGAAUAUGGCUGGCCUACGUUAUCCUUGUAGGCUUUCUACACAUAAUCCUCUUGAGCUUUCCCUUCUUCAGCGUUCCUGUAGUCUGGACCUUAACUAAUGUUAUUCACAAUCUGGUAAUGUACCUAUUCCUGCAUACAGUGAAAGGCACACCAUUUGAGACCCCUGACCAGGGGAAAGCGCGGCUCCUGACUCAUUGGGAGCAGAUGGACUAUGGCCUCCAGUUAACAUCUUCUCGCAAGUUUCUCACCAUAACCCCAAUUGUUUUAUAUCUCCUCGCCAGCUUUUACACCAAAUAUGAUGCCGUUCACUUUCUAAUCAACACAUUGUCCCUGCUCAGUGUCCUUCUUCCCAAACUCCCUCAAUUCCACGGAGUACGGAUAUUUGGGAUUAAUAAAUACUGAAGCUAUAACACGAAAAUCUCCACCUGCUGCCUGUCACAUGGUUCAUGUUCUGCAUGAUUGAAAUAUGUUGAGAACAUUAUUGUCUUAAAGCUGAAGAUACCUGGCUGCAUAAUAUUGUGUUAGAAGUUACCCAUCCUACAGGUGUUUUAUACUGUGAUACUUCAAGAUUGGAACGGAAGGAUACUCACAAGAUCUCACACAAUUUAGAACUGGAAAAAUGACUGAACGUAAUUGGUGGGAGGGAUUUAAGUAGGGGUGACCAUGAAUUUUACAGCCAAGCCAUGGUAACCGCAUGGGGAUUACCACUGAUAGCUGUGCUACUGUACUUGCAACUUGAAACUAGAGGUGCAACACAUUUAGCAGUAAUCCACAUGUGGUUACCACAGCUUGGCCGCGACACGUAUGAGCACCCUAGCGUAGCUUUGUGAUCUGACCAAUACAGUGGUGUUCAUAGUAAUGCAACGUGCUGCUUAGCCCGCAGAAGAUUGAUCAUUGCUCUGAAUUCACGUGUAAAUCAGCAAUCCCUUAUAUUGUUAGUAUUAAAUAUGUGUUUUCUCUUUUUAACUUUCAUCAAAUCUGAGUUAGUUGAACUGUGUGAGAGUUUACAGAAUUAAAACAAGAGAGCAAAAACUAGGCGCAUUACAUAUGAACUUUCCCAUAACCAGGAUGGGAUUUUAUCUAAGAGCCCUUUUGCACACUACGGAAUUUCCAGACGUGGAAAUUCUGGUGCAGCAGACUCCCAUUGCCUUUAUUGGAAUUCUGCUGCGCUGUGUCCACUGCUGAAUUUCUGCCAUGUAAGUUUAAAGGGGUACUCCGGUGAAAAACUUUUUUUUUUAAUCAACUGCUUCUAUUAAAAAAUCUUAAUCCUUCCUGUACUUAUUAGCUGC